AUGGUUAUAGGAAGACUCAUCAACCAUGACUCGAAGACAAUGUCGAGAACAGUUAGCUUCGAGAAAAGAGAUACGAGACAUGGAAACUGGGAUAGCUGCAAGUUUAAAGAAGAGGAAAGUGGGAAAACAAAAGCUUCAGAUAAUUGUUUCAUCCAAGAACAUGCCAAUUAUGAUUUAAGAUAUCCCAAGGUCUCUUUUACCAAACCCAAAAUUCAUGAGGUUUCUCCAAGGACCCCUAGUGAUCGUAAUGCAGCUGCAAUUAAGCUGCAGAAAGUUUACAAGGGUCAUCGGACACGAAGAAACCUUGCGGAUUGUGCUGUCGUUGUGGAGGAGCUCUGGUGGAAGGCAUUAGACUUUGCAGCUCUUAAGCAAAGUUCUAUAUCAUUCUUCAAGUAUGGUAAAUCAGAAACUGCAGUUUCGAGAUGGGCACGGGCUAGGACUAGGGUUGCAAAGGUUGGCAAGGGUUUGUCCAAGGAUGAGAAAGCUCGGAAAUUAGCUCUAAGACACUGGCUUGAAGCUAUUGAUCCACGCCAUCGGUAUGGACACAAUCUGCACUUGUAUUAUGAUGUUUGGUUUAACAGCGAGAGCUCCCAACCUUUCUUCUAUUGGUUGGACAUCGGAGAUGGCAAAGAAGUAAAUGUUGAGAAGUGCCCAAGGACCAUUCUUCAGCGUCAAUGCAUCAUAUACCUUCGACCAAAGGAGAGGGAACCAUAUGAAGUGAUUGUAGAAGGUGGGAAGCUCAUUUACAGAAAAAGUGGAUUGCCUGUGGAGACUGGGGAUGGUACCAAGUGGAUAUUUGUUCUGAGCACAACGAGGAACUUGUAUAUUGGUCAGAAGAAGAAGGGGCAGUUUCAGCACUCUAGUUUUGUGGCUGGGGGUGCCACCAUCGCAGCUGGAAGAGUUGUGGCCCAUAAUGGGGUCCUCGAGGCUAUAUGGCCCUAUAGCGGUCAUUAUUGCCCUACGGAAGAGAACUUCAUGGAGUUCAUUAGUUUUCUAAAAGGGCACCAUGUGAACUUGACCCAUGUUAAGAAAUAUGCAGUAGAUGAUGACAAGCCACCAACAUCAUUGAAAUAUACCGACGAGGAACUAAAGUCAGAGUCGAUCACGAGGGGUUCAAGUACAGACCUAAAAUCCUCCAACACAACAGGAUCAGCAGAUGCCGUCGUGCCCGACAAGCUGAACACUGACAUUAUCUCAGUUGGCCGUCAUGACGACGAUGUUAGAUCAGUAACUGGCAAUCAUGUGGAGGCACCGGCAUUCAAAUUGGCCAAACGUCUGUCCUUUAAAUGGACAAGUGGAACUGGACCUCGUAUUGGGUGUGUUAGAGAAUACCCUCCACAGCUUCAGCUUCAGGCGCUUGAACAUGUCAAUCUGUCGCCUAGGACCACACCAGGACACUUUCCUAGCACUAGUGUCCCCAUCCCUUCGCCAAGACCUUCUCCAAAAAUCCAUCUUUCACCAACGCUUGCAUAUAUGGGAUCACUUCCUAUAUAG